GAAGUAAUGAUAAACUUAUCCAUAAGACAACUGGUUGAAAUUUCUACGUAACCAAUAUGUAUAGAUAAUUUGUAUUAAUGUUAGGCUCAAGCAAAUAAUAAGUGGCACAUCUAUAAUGUAUCUAACCAAUGUUAUAUAUAAAGUCAAUAAAGAAACUAGUAGAAACCAGUGGAUUUGACGAAAUAAAGAUUUAUAUAAAGAUAAAUAAGUCAUAUAAAGAUAAAAUAUUACUUAAAAGUGACGGAUAAAAUAAGUAUAUUAUUCUGUAGGAAGAUAUUUAGGAAUUCUAUAUUAUUCUAUAGGAAGAUAUUUAGGGGUUCAUUAAUCAAUCUUAUGUUGUAUUCCAAUCUACAAAUAAAAGAAUGGAAGACGAUCAUAUAUAUGGAAAUAAAUUCUCUUUAUGCCAAGACGAAAUUGUAUUGGAGAUAAUGAAUGUGAAUAAUGAAAAUUCUGUAGGAGAUUCUUUAUUAACAGAUUUAGUUAGAGGAUAUCCCUAUGUAUAUAAUAAAUCACCGCCAAAUUUUAAAGAUUCUUUAAUGAAAGAAAAUUCAUGGGAAGAAAUAGCUAAAAUAUUACUUGAUACAGCUACUGAAUGUCAAAAUCGAUGGAUCAGAUUAAGGGAAAGAUUUUCUAAAGAAAGAAGAGAAAUUGAAGCAGAAUUAAAAAAUGGAAGCGGAGUAGCUAAUCGACAAGGUUUUAUUUUAUAUGAAAGUAUGAAAAAAUUUUUGAAUAGUCAUGUGCAGCGAAGAAAAUAAAUUAAGGGUAUUAUUACAUUUGUCGUACGAUAAAUUUUUUAAGCGUGUUGAUUGGCUGCAGGAUAGAGCAAUUCCUCAGUCUUUAGAUACUUUCUAUCCUGCAGCUAAUCAACAUCAAGCUUAAAAAAUUGUCGUACGACAGAUGUAAUAGUACCCUAAAAAUUACAACUACAGUUUAUAAUUUUAAUAAUUUAAAAUAUAAACUUCUGUG